AUGCUAUGCGAGCCACGUGAUGUCAGCACAGAUCAAAUUCAGAAGACGGGUAGGAAGAGACGUGCUACUGACAGCACACCCAAGCGCUCCAAGAUUGAGCCAGGCACACGCUUCACGCAGCGCUUGCAAAGCGUCGAGAAUGGUCGUGUGUCGUCUGAACAGCAGCCUUUCUUGGGGGCGGUCUCGCAGUCACGUCAGCGGUCAUCGCCCGCAGGCGUGUAUCGUUCACCUGAUGCUGGCUCUGCAUCGCAAACCAGUUCUACGACGGAACGGCAGCAACAACGUUUCGGAGCAAACAAUUCCGCUGUCGGAUUUGCUGCCAAUGUCUUCGGUGACCCAGCCACGUCGCAGGUAGCUGCUGGCGACAUCUCCAGUAUCCCUGGCCAUGAUAAAGCACGCCAUACCGACCGUAAGGACUCUAAUUAUGGUCGGCCGACAUGGUCACUAAUAUUCGCGCCAUUUCCUGACGCAGAGAUCGUUAACGCUUUGACGGAUGUGUAUUUCGAACGAGUUAAUUGGUUCAUCUGUAUUAUGCAUGAGCCGUCCUUCCGCAGGUCCAAAGAUCGCAUACUGUCGAGCCAGACAUGGUACAGAGAGGAUAUGGGUACCGUGUUGCUGUGCAUGGCCAUCUCAGCUAUGGCAUUGCAGUGCGUCGCACGCGAUCCAGCUUGGUCGGGACACUCGCUACUAGGGCGGACUUCACUGGCACCGAAGGAUUUCGCCGACAUGCUGAUGAAGGAGAUCCGUUAUCACCUUUUCGAUCUUGUUGAUGACUGCUGCAUUGAGACUGUUCAGGUCUGUAGCCUGCUAGGCACGUAUUCUAUCUUCUACGCGAGCCCGUCACUGGCAUGGGGAGUCGUUGGACUUGCAGUGCGGACAGCUUACGGUCUAUCACUUCACUGUGACCAGGAUAGCGACCAAGAAUGGGAUCCAGUAACGGCGCAGGUCCGACGGAGGAAUUGGCUACAUCUCAAUGUGGCGGAUAUCUUUGCUUCGAUGAUUUACGGGCGGCCGAUAUCACUAGAUCCGGCAUUCUCUAGAGUUGCACCGUUACAGGACCUCGACGACACCAUCUUCGGACCAAAUUUGUCGCGGCAUCCCCUCAUGGUCAUUACUACACAGCACCCUUUGCUAUCCAGCUCAACUGUCACACUGCUGACUUUCCACGUGCUGAAGCAUCAACUCUAUGACAUCGUCCAUCAAGCAUUGUGCAGGUACCGUGUUUUACGCUUUCAGUCUCCGAUGUCGGUCGAAGACAUGUCUUCGUUAAUACGCGCUGUCCAUCAGAACCGCAAGGCGAUAGCUACCUGGAAAUCUCAGUUACCGCCUGUCUUCGAAUGUGAGCCAGGUAGUCGACAGUCCAUCUUGGACGAGCUCAACGGCAUCACAGAUACAGACGUUGCAUUUCACCUACGACAACGCCAUCAUAUUCAUACACCGCCCGGUCCUCGAGCAUCGAGUGCCAAAGGAUGCACUUCGGGAACUACCCGUAAAUCUGCCGUCGCCGAGACUUUACAUUUGGCAGUCGAAGCUGCGGUGCGGAUGUCGAAUUUGCCGAUUGAUCACUUCAAGAUACAUACCGUCAUGCCAUUCAUGCUGAUGAAUUUGUUCACAGCAGGUGUCGUGUUAUGCAUACCACCGAGCGCGUGGCCGCUCAGCAAUACUGCGCAAGAGGCCAAAGCGGCGACCUUGCGGAUCAUCAAGCAGAGCCGUUCACUCAAGGACUUAAGCCCAAUCGCCCAUCAUACGGAGCAGCUUCUGACGCGGUUGCUGAAGAUAUGUCUUGAGCAGGAAGUUGAGAAUAGCCUAAGACAGGAAAGCAGCAGCAGCAGUCGACAGUCAGAGGAGCCCGGGCGGCCGGUUGGCUCAUAUCGUGGGCAAGACAUCGUUGGCAAUGGUAGGCUCGAGGAAUCUGCUGUACAGAAUACGCAGUAUCCGUGGACGAGCUCACACCCUGCGGCUGCCCACGCCAUGAACGCAUCGCGGGAUGAUCACUUACAGCAAAGCGACACUACUGCGAUGUUGAACGAGCCGAUGCAACACCAUGAGUACUCACAGAUGGAUCCCAGUUGGUCUUGGUAUCAAAACGAAAGCCAAUUCCAGCAUCUCCACGCUCAAAUGGAUGAGACGGUUGGCAACUUCGGGCAAAUGCUGUUCAAUCUGGUGCCAAAUGAUCCAAUAGCGCUUGGGGCUGGGGAAACAACACGUGAAUAA